AAUGAAUUAUAUUUUGUAAUUUUAAGUACAUAUAUUUUUAGGCAUUCGAUCAGAAUAUUGUAUCCAUUAGUACAAUCGUUUAAAGUGUUAAAAAAUAAAGACAAAGAAGGAUAAAAAACACUUUUAAAAUAUUGGUGUAUAAAUUGGAUGAUAUCACUUUUUGAUUUUGUUCUUCAAAUAGUUUUGAAUGAGUAAUCUAAUAAUUUAAAUUUAGUAUGUUAGUUGACAUAGUGUUAAUAGCUUUAGCAAUAGGGUUGAUAUAUAAUAACUUUAUUUUUUCAACUGCAAUUUUCAAUCAUUUGAUACAACCAUUUAUCUAUCAGCAUGAAAAGAAGAUUGAUAAAUUCUUUUCUUUUGUAAGAAUGAAUAUUAAUUAUAAUAUUUAGAUAGAUGACAAAAUAAAAGGAUUAUGGGAUAGGUCAUCUAAUAAAAUUGAGGAAGCGGCAAAAGAGAAAUUUGCAGAAGUAGUUUCUGAUCAAUUUAAAAAAAAAUGAAUUAUGUUAUAUAUAGAAAUAUCAAAAA